AUGCCGACGAAUCUCCCCUCGGCCACACGCCUUCCAGAGACACGUGCCCGCUACGAUAGUGCAGAAGACAAUUUAAGGCGCGAAGGCAUCAAGGGAAUGCGAAUCGGAAUCCCAGACAUGAUGGAGGUGUCUGCUGCACACCAAGUCGUUCAGUGCUGCCCAGAAUCAAAUCUGGAGCCAAAUUGCAACUCCCAAUGGGCCGUCCUGAACCCUGAACUGGCCGCUGAGAUUCUCAAAAGCCCCUUCUACGUCGCAGACGAUGGCUGGUCACUGGUGCUGGGAUCCCGCCCCACUCACUCUCCCUCCCGCUCUUCCACAUCGCCCCCGACCGACACUGGCGCCUUUGGCGAACAUUCCUGCUCUGGAAAAAUCCAUGAUGAGGGCUACCACUCUCGACCUACCAGUGGCGAUGCGGCCAACUCGGUCGCAAAAAAUGAGCAUGAACAAGUCGUCGGAAUCCAAGAGAUGCCUGUUGCCUAG